ACUCCCCACGCCCCGCCGGAUGGGCCUUCUGAGGCCGUGCUCCGCUGGGCCGCUGGCCGGGGCUGCUCGCCCACUGCCGGUGCCGUGCCCAACGAUCCGUGCGGAGACAGCAGCCCGGCUUAGUACCGCGAGCCGCCCUCCUGGGCGCGCCCUGUGGGGGCGGAUGCGAACGGCCCCACCCGGACCGGGGCGGGCGGGGGCCCUGCCUGAGGCACGGCCUGGGCGGGGACUUACGGCGUCUCCCUGGCCGCAGCCGGCGCCGCCUCGCCGGGCGGCUGGUGACGAGAACGAGCGCUCGGGUUCUUGUAGCUGGCGUCGCUCGCAGGAGAGGCGCGACGGACUCGGGAGUUUAUUUCCAUUCAAGAAAUGUAAAAUCAGAUGGUCGUCAGCUGUAGCAUUAUUUUACGGUACUGGUGCUAACCACUCAAUGAUGCGGCAACAUAAAGUACAAGGACAAAGAAAUUUACAUCCACCUUUAGAUAAAUUAAGAAUGUUGUGUGGCAGGAAAAAAUCUUACUUUGCUGCUGCUGCUGUGUGCAUUAUUACUUUAACUUCGAUGGUCACAGUUUCUUAUCUUAGGUUGCAGAGACUUUCUCAUCAGCCAAAAGUAAUUCAAGAAGGUAGCAAAUGUAGAGGGGAAAUUGCCAAUAGCACAAUAACGCCAUUAAAAGAUAACAAGACUUUUAUUAUAUCCCCAUACUUUGAUGACAGAGAAAGCAAAGUGACUCGUGUGAUUGGGAUUGUUCACCAUGAAGAUGUGAAACAGCUAUACUGCUGGUUCUGCUGUCAGCCCAAUGGAAAGAUCUAUGUAUCAAAUGCAAAAAUUGAUAUUCACUCAGAUAGAUUUGGAUUCCCUUAUGGUGCAGCAGAUAUAGUUUGUUUGGAACCUGAAAACUGUGAUCCAACACAUGGAUCAAUUCAUCCGUUUGCACAUGGAAAUAUUGACCAGCUGCCAAGGUUUGAAAUUAAAAACCGCAAGGCUGAGCCCUUUUCUGUUGACUUCACCGUGUGCAUCUCUGCCAUGUUUGGAAACUACAACAAUGUCUUGCAGUUCAUACAGAGUCUGGAAAUGUACAAGAUUCUUGGAGCACAGAAAGUGGUGAUCUAUAAGAACAACUGCAGCCAUCUGAUGGAGAAAGUCUUGAAGUUUUAUAUAGAAGAAGGAACUGUAGAGAUAAUUCCCUGGCCAAUAAACUCACACCUCAAGGUUUCCUCUAAAUGGCAGUUCAUGCAAGAUGGGACACACAUUGGCUACUAUGGACAAAUCACAGCUCUAAAUGACUGUAUAUACCGUAACAUGCAAAGGAGCAAGUUUGUGGUUCUUAAUGAUGCUGAUGAAAUAAUUCUUCCCCUUAAGCAUCCAAACUGGAAAACAAUGAUGAGCAGCCUUCAGGAACAAAACCCAGGGACUGGCAUUUUCCUCUUUGAGAACCACAUCUUCCCAGAAACCAUCUCUACUCACAUGUUCAACAUCUCGUCCUGGAAUACUGUGCCAGGUGUUAACAUAUUACAGCAUGUUCACAGAGAGCCUGACAGGAAAGAUGUAAUCAAUCCCAGGAAGAUGAUAGUUGAUCCACAAAAAGUGAUUCAGACUUCAGUCCACUCUGUCCUACAUGCCUAUGGGGACAGUGUGAAUGUUCCCAUGGAUGUUGCCCUCAUUUAUCACUGUCGGAAGCCCCUUCAAAGAGACCUUCCCAGAGAAUCCCUUGUCAGGGAUACAAUCCUGUGGAGAUACAACUCAUCAUUAAUCAUGAAUGUUAACAAGGUGCUAUCUCAAACCAUACUGUAAGUUCAAAAGUGAAGUUAAACCUCAGUUUGAAGGAGGGAAAGUGGAGAGCCACCCUUACUGGGGGGAGGCAGAGGAGACUGAUUAAAGAUCACAUUAAAAUGAUUUCCACAUCAAGGUUACAUUUUGCAGUGAUUAUUUAGGGAAUUUAUUGCAGAGCCAAGAGUCAUUUAAUGAUAUGAAAGUUCAAUGUAGAUUGCACUACUGUAAAAUGUAAAAUGUUUUCAUUUUAAAAAAAUCAGUAUUUUUCAACUGAUUCAAAUAAUGCAAAUCAGUUUUCAACUGUACUAGAAAUACAGCUAUAGUCAUUAGUAUUAAAACUAUGUUUCUUAAACUAAACAGCUGUUGGGAGUUUUGCUGAUCCUACUGUAUGUUCAACUGGGUUUUUGAGACAUGUAAGUUUAAGAAGAGUGAUCACUUAUUACCCAUCGCUGUUCUGAAUUACUUCAGCGGUAAGUGCUGAAUUGUGUUGGAAAGGUUUAAAACAGAGGCAAGGGAUACAGAUUGAUGUUAAAGAGACUUUUGUGAACUGAAAAGCUAUUUCGAGGAGGAAAAAAUGGAUGGCUGAACAACUAUUUAUGAAACAUAUUCGUUUGUUGGGUUUUUCUGGGACCUUGAAGCCUCCUAAGAAAGUGCUUCUUAAUGAAAUUUAGGCAUGAGUUGCAUUUUAGUCCUUUAUGUGGUGGGUAAGUUGAAUUAUAUUGCUUCCUUGUGUAAGAGUACAGAAGCUGCAUCUUUUCCAACCUUUAUCUAGAAAUAGUGCCAAGUAGUUACUAAAUUCUGCUGAAGGGUCAGAUGGAAAGCAAAGCAAACAAAAAAAACCUCACUGUACUUCCACAGUUUCAGUCAUGUAUUUUCUAUUUGAUAAGUCUCCAAAGCUGUAUGUGUUGCACUGUUGUGGCAUUGUACUAGAACAUAUGAAGGCACAUCUGAGGGCAGUCUGACACUGGUCGUUGACAGAGGCAAGUGUGUGUGUGAGCAGGUUUGCUUUUUUAAAUUUCUACACCAGUGUCACUCUUUCAUCCCUUGAUCUGUUUUGUGGUGGCACAUACCCUUAAGGAGCUCUGUCAGUAGUACGUUAGUAUUAUUUGCUAGCAGAUGUCCAACAGGAACUUUACUUAGAGGUCUUCAAUCUGUAAAUAACUAUUUGCUAAUUGUGUUCAUAAUUACUAGCUGCUAUUUUACUGGUUAAAACUUAAUUUGUAAAAUUAAAAGGGUAGAAGAGCAGUGUAGUGUGUACUGGAUGCUUGUCAUCAUAGUUUCUGCUUGCAUACUCUAGGGCAAUGUAGAAAAGCAGAAUUUAGAGUUCUGAAUUAGAAUUCUGAUCUAAACUUAUCUGCAACUUGUGAAAUACUUGUGGAAGUAUUCCUUUUCAACAAUCGCUUCACAGCUUUUGGCUAACUAUAGCAUUUGCUUCAGAGCUGCUGCAGUGUCUCCCAAAGUUUCUACCAACAAACUGGCAGCUGUAUUUACAGCCCAGGUGCCUGCUGCAAGGGGUACUGUCUUGCUUGGCAACAGGUCCACUUAGAAUUUUAGACUCAUGUAGUUUGCAAGGGGCAUCUGGAAGUCCAAUUCAUAGCAUGGUUUGCUCAGGACUUUGUCUAGGCUGGCUGGACACACAGUCUCUCUGGGCAACCUGUUCCAGGCUUAAACUAAGCUGUAACAAGAGAAUUUCUCUUGUUGUGGUUUGUAACAAUUGGCCUUUGUCUUGCUGUACGAGUCUGAGUUUGUCUUCUUCACAGUUCCUUAUUAGUUAGCUGGAGACAGUAGCAGGGCCUUCCCUCCCCUUGCCCACCACCACCUUCCCUUUCCCCACCGUUCUUUCUGGAAGGCUGAGGUUCACUUUCAGUUUCUCAGCCAUCUUGUGCUUCAUCUCUCUGUGGAUUCUUCAUCAUCAAGGUCACUAACGAAGUAGUUACCUGACAGAGUUUGCAGUUUCCCACAGUUACCCACAUUUUCCUGUUUCGCUGGUCUGGGUACAAUGACAUUUCUGGCAUGCUCCUAUUUAAUCUUUCAAAGUUAACACAUUGUUUUAUAGGUGGCUCCUUCAGAGGAAGCCGAGUUACCACACACAUCAUACACAGUGUAGUUACUCCCACAUUAAGAACGAUGAAAACUUGGUGUCAAGACAAGUAAUUGAAAGCUUUCUACUUCAUGUAAGCUUCCUUCACUUUUGAGUGCAGUUUGACUUCAGAGUUGUGAAUUUGGGUUCAGUUUUUUUAAAUCCUUGACUACAAAAACAUUUGUCAAAGUAAAUUGCUAUGAAUAAAGGUAGAAAACUAAGUGCUUAAGACUGUUCUUGAAUUUAAGAGACACUGCUCCACUGUGACUUCAUGCAAUUCCUAUUGCAUCAAAUAUUGAUUCUUGCACAUGCAAACUCUUACUGGUGCAAUUAAUACUGCAGACACUGGGGAACCCUGGCCUUCAUUCAGUACUAAGUAUACAAUUGGGUCUCCUUGGAGAGUGGUAAGAAAAAAAACAUAUUAACAAUAGUAAUGCUAACAGUUUUGUCUUUUCAAGGACAUGAGCC